GAUUGCAUAAAAUCAGGAACUUUCUAAACUGACGCCUAUAGAUCAGCAAAAUGAUUUUAUGAAAUGUAUAACGCCAUAUCGUAUCUUCUUCUCUGAAGAUUUAUACAUCUCCUCCCUUUUCAUAAGCCGAAGCUCCUCACUAAACCCUAGGACCUCACUGAUGCCCCCUAUCUCGAUCCUGAAAUCAUUUAUCAUCUGACAUUUCACUUGUGCCUCUUUCUCUUCUUGAUACUCUAUAGAUGAAGAUCCUCUGAAAUCUAUGUGCUUCAAACCUAAGCGGAGAGCAUCAGAGCAUCCAUGGAUUAGAGAAGAUGGAGGAGCAUCAGACAAGUCAAUCAACAGUCAACGGUCAUUGCUGGAAAUAUCAGCUUGUGAAAUCCAAGGGCUAAAAUCGAUGUUUAUGAACAUGGACGGGAAAAAAGUGGCACAAUCACAUGAAAUUAAAACUGGAUUGGCUAGACACGGGCCGAUGUGCAUGGAAAUGGAUGAAUGGAGUUCAUCACAACAACAAUCAUUAUACACCAACUAUAUUGUGAAGAAGAUUUGUACAAAGCAUUUUAGCAUUUUGAUACAUAUGGAAGUGGAUGAAGUGGCGGCAAAAGAGACCACGAUGAAUAUCCAGAUUCACUAUUCAGACUUCCAUGAACCGAAACUAGCAGGAAGAGUGGUGCUGGAUUCGGGGCUAAUUUUCCUGCGAGGGUAUGGCUUCUAAUUUCAGUAAAGUGUUGGACUUGGAGAAAUG